UUAAAAGGGCAGGAGGCUUCACCUCUGUUAGAGGAAAUUGAAGCAUUCUGGAGAUUUUUGCAUGCUGCAAAUCCCUCCUUCCUAACAAUGGCUGCUCCUCUAGGCCUCUUCUCCGUCUUGGCCUUCGCUUUGCUGCUCGCCGCCUCCUCUGUUACCUCCCACAAUGCCCAAGAAGGGUUCAGCUACUCGGGUGCCAAGGGACCGAGCAACUGGGGGCAUCUGAGUUCGAAAAACUCGGCAUGCUCCAAUGGCAAGACCCAGUCUCCCGUCAAUGUCGUUAAGAACCAGACGGUCCUGAGCAAGAGCCUCACGCCCCUGAUCCGGGAUUACCAUCCUGUCAAUGCCACCCUUGUCAACAAUGGCUUCAGCAUCGCGAUAGUUUUCGAGGAAGAGGUCGGAGUAUUGAUGGUAGGAAACAAGAACUACAGCUUCAAGCAGAUGCAUUGGCACACUCCCUCCGAGCACUACCUCGAUGGUGCCCAGUACCCCGCUGAGUUGCAUCUUGUCCACCAGGCCAAGGAUGGAAGCUUAGCCGUUGCUGCUAUCCUCUAUGAUUAUGGCAAGCCCGACCGCUUCCUCCAGAAGAUCGAGAAGGGGUUGGCUGAAAUGGCGCAGGAGACCUGUGGCUUGGAUGAAGAAUCUCACGUUGCUUUGGGAUUCUUCAACCCGAAGAACAUCAAGAGGAGCACCCGCAAGUACUACCGAUACAUCGGCUCCACCACCACCCCUCCUUGCACCGAGCAGGUCGUCUGGAACAUCCUCGGCAAGGUGAGGACGAUCUCAAAGGAGCAGGUGCAGCUUCUGAAGGCUCCGCUGUACAGCGACUGCAAGAACAACUGCAGGCCGGUGCAGCCCCUCAACGGGAGACAGAUUCAGCUGUACGACGAGCUCAGCCACUAGAGGCACUGUAACCAUGACUAAUUAUAUCCAGUGCGCGAUGUGCAGCUAAUUGUUGGACUCGAGUGUUAUACCAAAUUAAGAAAGAGUGAUUUCUCUACUUA